GGCUGGAUGGGAGAGAUAGGCAGAGGGAGGGAUACAGACAACCGAUAUAGAAAAACACUGAGAGCAACGGAGGUAAAGCAAGCCUACAGAAGAAGAAAGAUAUAACGUCUGGACAUCAAUGCUCUCUCCACUGGCUGGGGAAUAAUAACUGCAGGAAGUGACUAUAGGAUAUGGAGAACGGGGGAAACAGAGAGAAGAUGGAUGUACAAAUGGAGAACAUGGACCCCCCGCCUUGUGAAUCCCAGGCGAGUGGAAAAAUCAGAAAAGGAUUCAAGCUGUUUGGUAAACGCAAGCCAGGGAACAUCUUUUCUAUUCGAAGCAAAGGGGAUGGAAACAACAAGUCACCUGUUAACACGAGCAAAACCAUAGAUGGAGUAUCGGAGAACGAUGCACCAGAUUCAGAGCAGGAGCUGGACAAGGAAAGGGGACAGGAGCUGAGUCAAGGAGAGAGGGAGCCGUCAGAGGCGGAGCAGCUUGGAGAAUAUGGGGUUAUGGCUGCUGCUCCAAUUCGCGCCUCCAUUUCUUCAACCAGUUCAGCCAAGUCCCUCAGCUUCCUGUCGUUGCUGAGGGGCGGCCGGAGAGGAGUAGGGGACCGUCGAGUCCAAACUAUGUCCCAGCCUGUGGGCAGGCAACGGCGAGGCCUGAAGGGUCUCUUUAACAAUGUUACGUUCAGGUCAAAAGAUAAAGAGGAGAAGGAGGAAGCCCCUCCGAGCCCACUUCUCAUGUUGUCCCGCGCCAGCAGUGUGGAAAUCAUCAAAGAGGAUAUGACCCUCACCCCACAAUGCAAGCCGCGCUUUCUGGAGAGCCAAAAGACUGAGAGCUGGGAGGCGAGCAAGAGUUUAACAACACAGGACAGUGCAGACACGUCCCCAUCAGAGACCACAAGUCCUCAGGCAACAGCGGGAAAUGUGAGUAGAACUAACGAGCAUGUGCCAACUUUACCCACUUCUGACCCACCCUUGAUACCCGGUGAUAACAGCCUCAGCUGCCUGCUUGCAGACAUCUCCUCUCUCCUGACCUUUGACUCAAUAUCAGGGGGUGGAGACAUGAUGGCUGAUGUGGAGGCAGAGUGGGGAAGAGCCAGCAGUCCCAUCACUGCCGCUUGGACUGAACUCACGCCAUCGUCCACAUCUAUCUUCUCCAAACCCACCAUGUCACGACCACUGACCUCCGUUAGCACUGCUGCUACGGCAAAACCCUCUCCCGUAGCCGUCCCCACAACAGCCUCCACCCAAUCCUUCACCCAAUCCUCCACCCAAUCCUUCACCCCUGGGACGAAGACAGCUACGAGAGCUACGACCUCUUCUCCCGUUUCCAGGCCGAGCUCAAUCAUCACGACGUUGACCAAAGCUUCCACUUUGACAACUAACUCAGUCACAUUAAACUCUGACUCUACUCCAGCCUCUGCCACUUAUGCUAGCAUUAAAAUUACAUCAACUCCAAUCGCAACAAAAUCCUCAACUCCCCCUGUAACAUUGACAAGCUUUUCGGCUCCUAAAAUAUAUCAACCUUCAGCGGCAAUUAAAUCCACAUUGAGCUCUUAUUCUACAACAGCUCCUCCGAACACCCCGGCUGCCGUAGCCAAGGCUCCCUCAAUCGGCCCAAAUCUUACUUUCAAGGCGAGCAAAUUCGCAUCAGAGAUUACACCUCCUCCUCAAACUAUUAUUUCAGUAAGUACACCUUUGACUAUAGCUACUCCAACCCCUGCAUCAGCUAAAGCUCCCCCAGUAACCCAUAGCCCUCCCACCCCUGUUGUUUUUGCCCAACCUCCACCUGCUAAAUUGGAUACAGUUAGUAGUUUGAACCUGAAAACUUUCACUUCCUACAAACCUUCCCUCAGUUCAGCUGCAGGAGAACCUAAAGCCCCAGUGAUAAUCUCAUCAGCUUGUGCUGUUACUCCCAAACCCAAACUGGUUAUGCCCCCCAAGGUGACAACGGUUCCCACAUCAACUACGACCCCCGGCUUGGUAUCUGCACCCACUUCCAAGCCUACUCUCAACUGUAGCCCACUGGAUUUAAAUAAGGCCCCUCCUUCCCUUGCAAAAGUUCCAGAUAUCCUUCCUUCCUCUAACUUGACUGCUGCUACUAAAACCCAACCCAGCCCUGUGUCUGUCCCAACUCCAUCAUCAACUUAUUUAGAUAAGAUUCCUCCCCUGACUAAACCCCCUUAUGCACCAGUCUCUUUAGAUAAGAUGGCCCCUGCUCCAACACCAGCCCCUGCUCCUCAUGCUGUUUUUACAGCCUCUCCAGCACCUCCUCCUCCAGUUCAGAUCUCAGUCCCUCAACCUAAAGCCCCACCUGCUCCUGCUCAAAUCCCAAUUUCCGCACCUAAAGAUUCACCUACUCCUACGCCAAUGCAAGUUUCUCAAUCUAAAUACCCUCCUGCUCCUGCUGAAACCCCACUUUCUGUAUCAAAACCCCCUCCUGCCCCUGUACGAAUCUCAGUUUCAGGAUCAAAACCCCCUCCUGCCCCUGUACGAUUCUCAGUUUCAGUAUCAAAACCCCCUCCUGCCCCUGCUCGGAUCCCAGUUGAUGUAUCUACUGAACCUUCUGCCCCUGUAAAAAUCCCAGUUUCAGUAUCAAAACCCCAUUCUGCUCAGAUCCCAGUUUCUCAACCCAAACCCCCUCCUGCACCAACCCCUGCCCAUAGCCCUGUCACUUCUCCUUCUUUGACCCCUGGUGAGGCCCCAGCUUCUGCUAAGAUGCGAGCAAGUGGACGGGCAUCAGUCGAUGGUGGACUGACUAGUCCAAGUAGCACAGGUCCUCAGACCAUGCUGUCAAAAACAGAAGAACUCCAGGGCCAGCCCAGGGAAAGGAGGACACCUCAACCAAAGGCAUCAGGACUGAGUAAAAUCCCUGUUGUUGGAGGGGGCAGAGCAGGCAGGAUACCUGUCCGGGACAGUCAACACGAUGAUGAGGAAGCAAGUAGGGACCCACCUACUCCUGUUCUCGAAAAAGAGAGGCCUCAUUUUAACUCACAUGAUGCCGGGAUCAAAGAUAAGAUCUGUAAUGUUGAGGCUAAUGUGCCCACCUCAAAAAACACCCAGGAGGAGAGUCAGCAGCUUCCCCAACCGAAGGUCCUCACCAGUUUACCGCGUGAGUCAAAGAUCCCCGUGAAACAUGGUGCUCCGCCUCACGCUGCCUCACAAAUCCCUCAGGCAAAAGAACCCUAUCGUACCAAGAUACCCGUGUCCAAGGUUCCUGUCCGCAGGGCCGGUAAUAAACCUGCAGCUGCAUGUGGAAGCACCCAGAUAAGAAAAUAAAACAAUGGACUGCAUCAAUCAACGAUACAGAUUAUGGCUUUGACUGCGACUUUUCUCCUCUAUAAAACUACACAACCCAACUUUUUUUCAGUUUUCUAGACUCCGAUUCUUGGCUUCACUGCGAUAGUACCAGAGUCAAGAGGCUGACAGCACUCAAGCACAAAAUAUCUCCACAAGGAGCCGAAGCAACAAUCCUGGCUCUUUUGUGCUGAGCCAACUGGACACGCUCUCAGGAAAGGUUCAGGGUCACACCUGGACACACAGCAGCAUCGUUGACUAAGGAUAAGCAAGAUGAAAAGGACUUCUGGGAACAUAGACACACACACACACAACAUGGGCGAGUGCCUUUUUAUAAGGGUGCUUUUCCGACUCAGAAUUAAUAUUUUCUACAAUGCUUUUAACUUUUGUUACUCCCACUUUUUGUAGAAACCGUCAACUCUUUGUCUUUCUUUCCAGCAAAUCUCUUUGAUAAUAACCAGUCCCUUUAUUUUUUAUUUAUGUCAGAAGAAGAACAGCAAGAGCUCUAUAAAGUAAUGCAACGACCAAAUUUACAUUCCACACCAAUCUCUGGAUGUAUGUAGCAUAAAAACGUGCCAUUAAUCUUUGCACAUGAUGUUGAAAUGUACAUGUGUCGACUGCUCAUAUGUAACAUGAUCAGAUCUCACUGUGAACUAUGGGACGGACUGGUUUUGAGGGAGAAUUGGAACUAACCUGCCUCCCAGUGAAGUGGACAGUGGACAGCAGCUAUUAUGAAUGGCACUGUGGACGUUUUGAGUGAAACAGAGAGGAUGCUGAGAUGAGAUCUCACUGGCACUGGUCCUUAUCCCACUUAUACUCGGAUGAGAUCAAUAUCUCUGUCUAUAGUCUCAUCUAUGUUGUUCUGUUUCCUAUUUAAUCAAUAAAACAAUAUGAAUAUA